AUGGCUGUUACACAGGCUGCACUCCCCUCCUUCAGCUCCUUCAGCUCCUUCAGCUCCUUCACCAACUUCACCCCCUCCACUGACGAUAUGAAGGUUUGGGAUUCAGAGGUCAGCUCUCUCUCUUUGGACCCUCUCAGCAGCAGGACGUUUCCCCCAGACCCCGAGCAGCUUCAGGUCCAACACCUGACCCCGGAGGAGCUGGACAACAGCAGCCAGGCAUCCUGGGACAUCGACCUCUUACUGUCAGACUGGGCCUUGAGCCCUUCUCCUGAGGCCUGUGUGAGCACACAACCUGAGCUCCCAGAGAUCGGCCUCAAGACCCUCUCUGAAACAUGUUCCUUUAAAGACCAGCAGGGCGGCAGACAUGUGGCUGAGCUGCUCUCCACAGUGGAGGUCUCUUCUGCUCAGUCGGUGUUGUACCCUGGGUAUUCUGAACCUCAACCCACACAGACACUCCUAGCCCCAAAUGUGGAUCACUUUGGCUUUCUACAGGCAUGCAGCAUAGACCGACACGGAGGAGGUCCUGUCAGGAUGCCGCCCUGGGAGUUCAGUCCCUACUACGCCCCUCAGCAGCCCUCUCCACUGCCCUACACUGACCACAGGUUCCUCUCUGCUCAAACUGUGCACCCUGACCCAAGACACUACAGCUAUGUUCCUCACUUCAGUCCCAGCAGCAGUGUCUACUGUGACUACAGUCCGACUGCAGUCCCUCUGAACCAGCCCGGGCUCAUGGCCUCCCCUCUCCCCCCGGGGGCACUUGAGGGCAAACGUGGACGUCGAACCCUGGGCAAGAAGAGACCUGCCAUCCACAGCUGCGAGUAUCCAGGCUGCUCCAAGACCUACACCAAGAGCUCGCACCUGAAGGCCCACCUCCGCACCCACACAGGUGAAAAGCCGUACCAUUGCUCUUGGGAAGGCUGCAGCUGGAAGUUUGCACGUUCAGAUGAACUGACGCGUCACUAUCGGAAACACACAGGUCAAAAGCCCUACGAGUGCCUGCUGUGUCAGAGGGCCUUCUCCCGCUCGGACCACCUGGCUCUGCACAUGAAAAGACAUGCGGCAUGUGAGGACGGAGAGGAGCUGGACCAGUUCAGUCGGGGUGAGCUCAAAAUAAAAGAGGACAUUGUUUUCUUUGAGCGAUCGGCAGAAAACAACACUUCCUCCUCUGCAGUGCAGCUGGGGGAGCCGCAGCAGGAGGCACGGCUCAAACCUCCACAGGACAACCACACGAGUGAGACGAGAUAUUACUGCUCUGCCACUGUCGAAGUUCAGACAACACUUCUGAGCAAGUGA